GUUCCACUCUGCGGCGCUUAAAGCUCUUAAGACUUUAACGCGACUUUAAUAUAUAGCAAACAGCAAAUACUGACGCGCAUCAUCAUCUUUCCAUCCUUCCAUCUUUUCCGGAAGAGUCUGCGGCGUAACAACUGCUUCCGAAAUUGUAAAUUCACAAUGCGGUGCACAUCUCGAUUGAUUCCGUUCGGUUUCGUCAUCCUGCUCCUGCUGCUCCUCCUCGGCCACACACUGGGGUCCAGCUGCCAGACGCCCGAGAAGACCGAGGGCCGUUGUGUGCACUUCAGCUCCUGCCGCCUCGUCCUGCGGCACUAUGCGAUGUACAAGGAGCACAUGCCGCCGGUGAUAAUGCGAUUCCUGCAGAGGGCCCGCUGCAAGCCCAAAAACGAAGGCUAUCAUUUGUGCUGCGAACUCAAAGAUGUGAUUCCGGCGAACGCCAACUCCAAGUUGAAGUAAAUCAACUUCAAAGUGCGUCGUCAUGUGUUGUGCGUGUGGGCUUUGAUCUGCUAAGUCUAAAAUCAGUUGGUAGCUUUUUGUUUGGGCCCAUAACCGAAAUGUUAUGGCCGGGCCCGCAUCCCAUCGCAUCGCAUCGCCUGUAAUUAUAAUGUGUACACGAAUUAUGUAUUAAGUGCGCCUUCUUGUUUUACUCGUCUCGACUGGCAACAGAUGCCGGUACAUAAUAAAAAUAAAAAGUUUACCCCCAA